UUGCAGUCACCACGCAGCCUGUUGUCUCGCAUUCAAUGCAGCCUCAGGGCACACAGCCCCAACACCUAGCACAGCAACCUGUUUCACCGGGUCCACAGCCUGGAAUGAUGCAAAGACCGGGACAGACACAGUGGGUUCCAAAGACGGCUGUCGCCGCUCCCAAACCUUUCACAGGGGACAAGAGAGGCGAGGACCUCGACACAUGGUUGAGGGCUUCUACGUAAGGUGCAAACUCACCUUGCCGCACGACGAAGUGCUUGUGGCUGCGUCUUACCUUGAGGGUAGUGCAGCGAGAUGGUUGAGUGGUCUAGUGCAACUUCAGGGAUAUGGUCAGGACUUCCGCGCUUGGGUGGCCUCCAAGAAAUUGGAGGACUUCCUGAAGAUGGUGGAGGAGAGGUGGCAUGAUCCUCAGGAGGCUCAAAGGGCCACUGACGCGAUCCUGACACUGCACACGCRGCAGUUUAAGUHRGUAAGGGAAGCCACCGAYGYUGUUGAGCRUYYGAUCUGUGUCCCUGGRGUACGCUAUGAUCCUCAGGUCCUGUUGACUUCGUACCUGAGAUGUUUUUCACAGCCUCUCAGGAACCAGUUGGCAAAAGAGGCCAACAUCAAUAUGCACAACUUCCCUUCGUUUAGCAAGGUGGCCCUAGACCUGGAAGCAAAGAUAGGGCAUGGACAGGCACCCACUACGGAAGGGAGAAAGAAGACACUGCCUCCCAACUGGAAAGCGAAAGGUCGCAUUAUGUUUGUCGACAACGAUGGAUCAACCAUCGAGUUGAACGACAACUUCCAGGAGGGAGUAGGUGCAGAGGCGGGUGGCGAUACUUCAGAGGGUGGAGUAGUCGCCGCCGUAACCCAGCAAAAAGGUAAAGGGACUGGUAGAUGCCCUAGGGGAUCCCGGUCGAAGAGUCAAACAGACCCCAAUGCUCCUCCAUGGGAGAAAGCGGGUCUAUCUGAGGACGUGUGGAGAGAUCGGUGGGCACGGCAAGCUUGUAUCAAGUGUGGCCAAUAUGGUCAUAGCAUGUACAAGUGCCGUAAUAGGAAGGUCACCGAGAAGAUCCCGCCCACUAUGGGGUCGGCGGCAGGAUCCUCUCAACCCGGUGGCAGCAACAUUGCUAGUUCUUCAGGCAAUGCUCCGGGAAACACGAACAUGUGGCACAUCUGGACAAAGUCGUCGGCCUCCGGACAGCACAAGUUCAAGAUCAACGGUGAGAAGUGCGAGUCUGGCCGCACCCGUGUCUUGUACUUGGGUCAUGAGAUUUCUGCGGAGGGAUUAAAGCCCGAUGACGCGAAGGUGGCCAGCAUUCGUGAUUGGCCACGUCCUCAGUCCGUGACUGAGAUGAGAUCUUUCUUAGGAAUGAUAGGCUACUGUAGGACUUUCGUUAAGAACUACAGCAUAGUGGCCGCCCCUUUGACUGAUCUGACCCGCCUUGACACCCCUUGGGAGUGGACAGAUAAGUGCGAGGCUGCUUUCGGACAUCUGAAGCAUGCACUGACGCACUAUGAAGUCUUGAAACUUCCUGAUCCUGACAAACCGUUUAUAGUCACAACGGAUGCCAGCGAAUAUGGCAUUGGCGCCGUGCUUGCGCAGCAGGAGGGGCCAAAGUUAAGGCCAGUUGAGUACAUGUCCAAGAAAAUGUCGUCUCAUAAGUUGGCUAAGUCUACUUAUGAGAAGGAACUCUAUGCGGUGUACAAGGCUCUCACCCAUUGGAGACACUAUCUCCUUGGGCGGUUCUUCAUCCUCCGAACUGAUCAUCAGACCCUGAGAUGGAUGAGAACACAACCGGUACUCUCAUAUGCUCUCAAGCGUUGGAUCGAAGUCAUUGAGCAAUAUGACUUUGACCCUCAGUAUCUCAAAGGGGAGUACAACGAGGUUGCUGAUGCCUUAUCGCGCAGACCGGACUUUUGAGGUGCGUUGAUUAUUGAGUUCGAUCUGACGGACGAUGUUACUGAGUC